CUAAGGAGGAAGUACAACAAUCUGCUUUGCAACUCCUGAAAUUUUCCGCUGAAGCGUAUUGAGAAUGUUUUCUGCCGCUGUCGGAUGGUUCUUCCUUUUCAAAUGUAAACAAUAGCUGUAUAUUUUGAAGAUAAUUUGAUACAGCUUCUCACUGUUUCACGUUUAUAUACUUGAACAGAUGAGUAUGUGACUGAGAAACGAAUCACACAGUUCAACAUUUCUGACUGGGUGUGUGUAGGUAUUACAAAACCGAUCACAAAGCAGAUCAUCACCGAACAACUCUGAACAAGCUAUAACAAGAACAACCUGUCUUCUGAACGCCCAAAAUGGUUUCUGGAGUUGUACGUGUUGUCCUGUUCUCGAUCCUUGGUCUAGGAGGAUUUCUGACGCUGUUUGUAAUGUACUAUCAAUCAGCUCCAUCUCAGAUCUGCCCUCCCCAACCUGCUUUGCCACGUCAUUACUCAAAGCCACCUGAGAACAGCUCCUUGUCUAAGAAGCAGCCAGAACCAGACAAGCCCAUCAUGCUGUUGUGGUUCUGGCCUGAAAACCGCAGGUUUGAUUUUAGCGAUUGCACCACUUUCUUCAACAUUGAUGGCUGCCAACUGACAGAUGACCGGUCUCUGUACAACAAGGCAGACGGGGUGCUCAUCUUUCACAAAUCCAUCAAACAUGAUUUAUCCAACUUGCCUCCAUCACCUCGACCACCAUUCCAGAAGUGGAUCUGGUACCAUGUGGAAUCACCUACAAACACAAUUAGGAUACCUGGUCUAGAGAACCUUUUCAACUUGACCUUGAGUUAUAGGGAAGACGCAGACAUCCCUGUACGUUGGCGCUUAACUGCAAGGAAAGGCCUGGGUGAGGACUUUGUGCUGCCCAGGAAGGAUAAAUUAGUUUGCUGGAUUGUGAGUAACAAUAACCCUGAAACUGGAACAGCAGUAAGGGAUAACUAUUACAGAGAACUUGUCAAACAUAUUAAGGUGGAUCUCUUUGGAAAAGCCUUUGCAAGAUUCUUGAGAUAUGAGGACUACUACUCAACACUCUCCAGCUGUAAGUUCUACCUCUCCUUUGAGAACUCAGUCCACAGAGACUACAUCACUGAGAAGCUAAACGGACCACUUGCGGCAGGAACUGUGCCAGUAGUAUUGGGCCCCCCGAGACAGAACUAUGAGGACUUUGUCCCGGGAGAUUCCUUCAUCCAUGUUAAUGACUUUCCCAAUGCAAAAGCCCUGGCUGAAUUCCUGCUGAAGUUGGACAAGGAUGAUGAGGCAUAUCUGCGCUACUUUCAGUGGCAUGAACACUUUUCUGCUCAGCGACAUCUGGUUCAACUGAGUCAAGAGUUCAUCCAAGCUAUUUGUUAUGCCUGUGACCAUGUAGGAAAACAUAAGGAGUACAGGGUUGUUCACGAUAUUUACAAAUGGUAUUUGGUUUAAUUAGUCUCUUCUGAUUAGCUAUUACCAUCACUGGUGUACCCCCUCCCCUCCCCCAGAUAGAAUAUGAACAGGUCAUUAACCACGACUAAAAAUGUUUAGAAUUACAGGAAAUUAGCUGUAAAACGGCAAAGUUCUCACUCAGCCUUAUGGCAAAGUGUGUAGAAUAGCAUAAAAUGUGCUUGAAAAAUGUACAAUUCUCUCUAAACAUAUAAAACUCUCUAGCAUGAGAUUACCUAUACAACUUCACAUGUUUUUGCGAAACUGCGGUAGGCCACUGAUAAACAUCAUAUUGUCUAUAUGCUCUAUUUCUUUAGGAAAUAUUUUUGGAGAAUGUACUACUCUGCUGUACAGACCCAAGUGCACUCAACCUCAUUACGAUACAUUGAGUUUCAUUGUAGGUCUAUUUGGCGGGGAAACAGUGAAGCCAGCUGUAGCCUAUUUCCUGUUUCUGUUCAUUAGUCUUUUUUUAAGUAAAGUGAAACAAUGCUAUGUCUAUUUAUUGCUUUUCAUUAAAUCGUGUAGCUGUUA